UGAGCUAUUCUAGUACACAGUGGAUGCAGUGUAUAGUUGUCAUCUAGAUAAUCUGAACUUUAUUCACUAUCAAUGAUAAUACUCGGGCUUCAGUGCUUAUGAUAGGAAGGAUCUGUGGAUGAUGUUUUUAACUCCUGACCAUUCGUUAUGAAAUCCAAUUAUCAUUUUUAAUAUUGUUUUGUUAUAUAUACGGAAACAGUAUCAAUGAUUUAUCAAAACCAAAAUCCGGAUUUAGCGAUGGCUUACAACCCCUUUCUGUUUCCCAGGCACUCGGACUAUACUUCACUAUUACAGCAGCACUAUUUACCGGGAAUGACUGUUCCGGCACCACCUGGGAUACCUGCUUCGAUUCUGCCAAAACUUCAGCAAUCCAUGGGGCGGUCCCCCCUCACGCCGGGGGACCUACUCCACCCAUUUCAUCCCCGGCCCUUAAGGACCAUGGAACCGGAACCUGACGCCCAGGAUGAUCCGAAAGUGGAAAUAGAAUCCAAGGAACUCUGGGAACAGUUCCAUAAUCUCGGAACCGAAAUGGUUAUCACUAAAUCCGGAAGACGAAUGUUUCCACCGUUUAAGGUGCGUGUUUCUGGACUAGACAAAAGAGCGAAAUACAUUCUACUAAUGGACAUUGUAGCAGUCGAUGACUGCAGAUACAAAUUUCAUAACAGUCGCUGGAUGGUGGCGGGAAAAGCCGAUCCAGAAAUGCCAAAACGAAUGUAUAUUCAUCCCGAUUCCCCCAGCACGGGUGAGCAAUGGAUGCAAAAGGUGGUCUCCUUCCACAAACUGAAACUAACCAACAACAUCUCGGACAAGCAUGGCUAUGUAAGUAGUACGAUAUUGAAUUCAAUGCACAAGUACCAGCCUCGCUUCCAUUUAGUCCGGGCUAAUGACAUCCUUAAGCUUCCAUACUCUGCUUUUCGGACUUAUGUCUUCAAAGAAACCGAGUUCAUCGCCGUCACAGCAUACCAAAAUGAGAAGAUAACCCAACUGAAGAUUGACAACAAUCCUUUUGCAAAGGGGUUUAGAGAUUCUGGAAGCGGAAAACGUGAAAAAAAGCGUCUCUUGAUGAGCUCAAUGCACCAGUCAUCUACAACAUUCGCGGACGAGGGAUCCCGAGUGGACGAUCCUCAAAGUGACGAAGAUGACGAGAUUUGUGUGGACGAGAGUGAUGACGUCACAGAGGACACGGUGUCUAUACUCUCCCGACUACAUUCAGAUUUCAAAGCUUCAAAUGCUGAAAACUCCCAAAAGGACUCCACAGAAAGUCCCGUGAAACCCGACACACAGACCAGUGCUCCAUCUCAUAGUGCUACAUCAUCUCCAGAACCGCCUCCGAUUUCUCCAGAGACGCCUAGUAUGGAGGUUAAACACACGGAUUCAAAACAACCAGAAACCGGAAGUGAUUCCCCGAGAUCUAGCGAGAGAAGCUCACCGGAGCUUGAUAGAUCGCCUGGAUGUAGAAUGUUUUCAAAGGAACAUUCUAGUCCCCCAAAUGUAACUGUUGUUCAACCGUCAGUGACCCAUCCCAUGUUUCCAUACCUAUAUCCUUACACAUCAUCCGCAUCUACCUUUCCAUAUCCAAUGAGUCAUAUGUUGUUUUCGGGAAAUUCCUCGCUACCCCAAGGUCUGCAAAUGCCAUUUCUCUCUACCUCAGGACAUUCAGACCUAAGUCAUAUACCAGCGCACGCUUUAUCGUCGUUAAACCAAUUUUCAUUACAGAGUCAUCUAAUGCAGUCAAACUAUUCUAGUCUGUCGUCGUCGCUAAGCAGUAGAAACCCAGCCUCUCCCACGGCUCCAAUCCCAAACUCCCCCCUCGGACCCAUCUUCCCUAGCAGGUCAAAUCAAAGAUUUUCUCCGUAUUCGUUCUCAUUAUCAAAAUCUCAUGGUGACAUUUCUCCAAAUACCAGAGACAGUGGAAUAAAAUCUUCGUCUCCACCGAGUUAUGGCGGAAUCACACGACCGUCACCGAUUAGGCCUCGAAGUCCACUUUCCCAUCAUCUUUCACCAGUGACGGCGCGUUCGAAACCACAUAGUGAGCUCCGAAGCAUGGAGCAGAUGCUUAAUGGACUAGACCGUAAGAAAGCACUACAUCAUGAAUCACCCAGUGUAGCUAUGGAAAAAUGAAGACUUUAUUGGUUGUAAUUGCUAGGAAGCAUAUUCGUUUUCAUGGUAGCACGGGUCUUUGGUGACGCACGGGUUCGAUUGAGUGCAACAUGCCGCUCAACAAAGCAAGAAUAUGAGGCCUGUCAUUAGCGACCGUCUUAAUAAGCUGGGCAUGCCAGAAAGCGAGACGCAAGAAGAUCAAAUUUCAGAAAUUUGUCACCGCUGCCUGAUUUUUCUGUACGAUGGAGUGCAGUCAAUAGGCAGAAUGCCUAAAAGAAUUGCCUAUAGUGCUCACUCUCAACUGACUAAUCAAGCGUUACAUGACAGCUAAAUGUUCAUUUUGUAAGAGGUGUUAUUAUUGGCUGUUCUAGAGAAAGGAGGACCGAAAAGCAACUGUUAUUUUUUAAAAUGGCUUUUAAGAUUGAAAUGGUGUAAUUUUAAGAUUGAAAUGGUGUAAAAUGGGACUUGUUUUCUUGGAGAAUGCUUAUUAUCUAUUGAGCAAUGCGGGAAGUGUGCAAAUAUACAAAAUGUCAAAUGUUUAAUCGUAUUGUGUGUCUAUAAUGUCAUGUUCUCAGGUUAAGAUGUCUUUCCUUUCAUGUGUAUUACAAUAUUGUUUACUUAUUUUAAUAUGUUAUGGCUUAACAUAAAUAUAAUUUUAAAUUGAUUGCCAUGGGAGAAUUGCUUCAAAGGUUAAGUCGUCAUGAUCGUGUAUAGUUAUUAUUUUAGACACAACCUAAGUUUCUUGCUUGUGUUAAUGGUGCUAUUUAAUUUUUUUUCCCCUUUUUGUUAACUUUUUGUUUUACUUUAGCAGAAUUAAAUAAUAAAAAUGAAAUAUAUAAAUUUUAAUUUAUUGAAACUCUCUGUAUGAGUCUUGACAUUGUGCCUGUGUCACUCGGUAUAAUAUAGGUAAUAAAACUGAGGUUUCCUUGUUGU